AUGGGCUCGCUGCUGCAGAACCUGUCCCGGGGUGGCCGGGUGGGAGCUGUGCUCUGGUGCUGGGCAAAUGCCCGCGGCUUGAGCGGAUCCCAGUGCCCCAGCUGGGUUGCGCGAAACCUUUCGUGCAGCCGAGGUAUCCCCGGUCUGGGAGGCAGGCCAGCGCUUGGAGGAAUCAUGGAAGUGAGGCUGAGAAGGAUGUUAAGCCACCAUCCCAACGCUAGGAAGGCUGAACACUUCCCAGAGCUGGGAACAGCUUCCUGGAGAGCCGUACGGAUUACCCCAUGUUCACAGGGAAUGCACCACUUCUCCAGCUGGGACUGCUGUCAGAGUCUUCCCCGAGGAAGACACAGUGUUCUUCACAGAUACCACACUCCAGUGCAAGUCACUGAUAGCUGCAGAAGGUUGGGGACGGACCACAGGGAAGAAGGUUUCCAAGUAGGUACAGAGAAUGACAGGGAGCCAAAGGCCUCCCUGCCCAGGGGGAACUCCAUAGGGCCCCCAUACUCUCUGCCACCUGAGCUUGAGCCUCCGACAAACUGCUGUAUGAGUGGCUGUCCUAACUGUGUAUGGGUGGACUAUGCAGAAGCUCUGCUGAGGCUCUACCAGGACGGUGGGGAGAAGGCCCUGGCCGUUCUGGAGGAGCAUGUGACAGAUGAGAACCUCAAGGCCUUCCUCAGGAUGGAGAUCCGGCUCCGAAUGCAGAGUGGAGCCUGAUCCAGUUUACCUGGGACUUCUUAUCUUGGACAGACGCUACCCUUAAGAAGCAGCAGGGUCACCUUUGUUCCUAAGUCUGGAAGACUCUACAAGUCUGCCAGGAGCAGGGAUUAUUAUGUAACAACUUCACCUCAGAAUAAAUGAAUCCUCUGUGACAACCAUG